AUGCCAAAAAUUCUCUGCGCUUUGAUCUGUGUCCUGGGUUUUUCUAUUGUCGACUCGGCGCAACAAAACGAUGGUGUGCUGGAGAAAAUUAAAGCAGGAUUGGAGUACGCGACGAAUUACUUAGAAACGGCGAAAGAUAUUGCCGAUUUAGUGGCCAGAAGUUUAGGCAAGAAGCAGAAAGAGAGGCGAGGCGAGGAUGAGGAUAAAAACAAGGCAGAUUUCGUGCCAUCGAAUGUAAUGUCCGCAUUUUUCCGGAUGAUCGGCCUGGAUUCGCAGAAAGUUACGGCGAUCGUCGUCAACAGUGUCAUAUUUCUUGCUCAAAUGAUUAGCUCGCUGUUCGAACUGAAACCGCCGAAGGAGAACAUCGCGAGGGAUUUGGACGAAGACGAAACUUCCAACUGGAAUCCCGCCGACGUGAUCAUGGAAAGCAAAAACGAAAGGAUUCAGCAAUUGAUCAAGCAAGCGCACGACGAAAAGCUGCCGAACCAGUUGAUGGAGACGAUAGAUGGCGUCGAUUCCGGCUGUGUGAAGCUGUUACUAUGCAAAACAUCGCCGGUGAUUAAGGCUGCACAACAUUUCCUGAAGAAUAAGGCGCAGGCCGAGUCUCGCGAAAUGACCGCGUGGCUGCCUAGCAAGGACGAAUUCGAGGAGAACAGCGACCAGUGCGAUCACGCGCACGUGGAGUGCAGUUUGUUUCAUUAG